AUGAUUUCUCAUCGUCUGGGGGUAUGUCAGCUAGCAAUUAAAAGAUGUCUGAAACCACAUGCCUUGGCAUAUCACAAGAAUGUCAUAGAUCAUUAUGAAAACCCUCGUAAUGUAGGCUCAUUCGAUAAAAAAGACACGUCUGUCGGCACCGGUUUGGUUGGUGCACCGGCCUGUGGAGAUGUUAUGAAGCUCCAAAUAAAGGUCGAUGAAAAUGGUAAAAUAAUUGAUGCAAAAUUUAAAACAUUCGGUUGUGGUUCAGCGAUUGCAUCUAGUUCAUUGGCAACUGAAUGGGUCAAGGGUAAAACUAUUGAUGAAGCUGCAAAAAUCAAAAAUAGCGAUAUUGCCAAAGAGCUAAAACUUCCACCAGUCAAGUUGCAUUGUUCUA